GGGCAAAAUUUCAAUGCUCUAAGUAUUUAUCUGGCCAUUUUAGAAGGUCUCAACCUAACCACAUUAUUUGCUUUAAACGCUUAUUUAUGCCUCCUUUAAUUAAACCUCCUCAUUUUUUCCCUCAAUUUUUUAAAAUUAAAAAAAAUCUUUUUCAGCUAGAUCUAUCUUCAAAUAAAUUAACUAGUCUAAAUAUCAGAACUUUUGAAGGACUUGAUAAGCUUGAACGACUUUUAUUAUUUAAUAAUUCUAUUCAAAAUAUUCACGAAGAAGCAUUUCAAGAAUUGGGGAAUUCUUUGGAAUAUUUAAAUAUUAGUCACAAUUUAAUCACAAAACUUCCUGCAGCUAUUGGACGAUUAAGUAGAGUUGAGAUUGUUGAUUUGUCUUACAAUAAAAUAUCAACCUACUACAAUUUUAUUCUAAACAAAAUGUCUCACUUGACCCAUCUCAAUUUAAGCCAAAAUUUAUUAACUUCAAUAGAUAAUUAUGUUUUUGAUGGGUGUGAAAGUCUUUUGGAAAUUAAUCUUUCAUCUAAUCGAGUACAAAAUAUAAGUCCCGAUGCUUUCAAUAAAUGUCCAAAAUUGAGGAAAAUUGAUUUAUCUAAGAAUUUGUUAUUUCAAUUAGGGACAGCGUUGACUGGUCUAAAAUCGUUGAGAAUAUUAAAUUUGAGUGAAAAUGCUUUGGAAGAGUUGGAAUGGUCUAAUUUUCCCAGUGAUUUACUCGAACUUUCAGUUAAUUAUAACAAGAUUAAAAACGUUGGUAUAUUAGUUGAAACAGAUGGAAGGAAGUUAAAGAAAUUGGAACUCCACUCAAAUAGGAUUACAAAUUUAUCUGUUGACGAAAAUUAUUUUAAAAAUUCUCAAAAUUUGAAGAUAUUUCCUUUAGAAUUAGAAGAAUUAGAUUUAAGUGAUAAUUUAUUGACAUUAAUUACAGAAAAUAAUUUUCAAGGAAUGUCACAAUUAAAAAUGGUAGAUUUAAGAUUAAAUAAAUUACAAACAAUACCUAAAGAAUUAUUUGAAAUAACUGUUGUCGCGAAUAGUAGAUACGGUCAAAUGUUUAUUUCUGAAAACCCUUUAAUUUGCAACUGUGGAAUGGAAUGGCUUUUAAAUGCUAAAGAUAGGAAAAGUGAUGACAUCCCUAGUAUAAGCGAAAAUGGAGGUGUUAGGGAUAUUAAUGAAGCAAAAUGUUUACUUCCAUUAAAUGGGCAAAUUAAAUUUGUGGCAGAAACUGAGUCAUCCGACUUUCUUUGUCCUUACAACACUUUAUGUGAGCCUAAUUGUCCUUGCUGUCAAUUAUCUAGUUGUGAUUGCAAAUCUAUAUGUCCAAAAGCCUGUGAUUGCUUUCGAGAUCAAACUUUUACCAAAAAUGUUGUUAAAUGUAGUGGAACAGAAAAAGAGGAAUUUGACUUACAAAAAUUACCAAUGCAAUCAUCACACAUUCUUUUAUCAAAUCUCAACUUUCCGGUUCUGAAAAAAUCAGAUUUUUUUGGUAUGGGUAGACUUGUAGAACUACAUAUUAAUUCAUCAAAUAUUCAAACAAUAGAACCUUCCGCCUUUGACACAAUAAAUAAUUUAAAGGUAGGGGAAUUUGGAAAUAUUUAA